AUGUCUGCAGGCCGCUAUGAGAUGGAAUCAUCGCUGCGUGCAUCCUUCUUUGGUGAUAUCCUGCUGUGCCGAGAUCGAAUCACGCUCGAACGUGUGGUAGUAAAGUCAGCGGACUUGUACUUGGCACUGCAUCAGACGUCGCGUUCGCAGGAACUCGUGCAGGAAAACGUGCAGCUUGAGGUGGAGGUACUGAAUCACGUGCGUGCACUGGGCGGCCACCCGAACGUCAUCAACAUGCACAGCUACUUCGUCGUCAAUGGCGUGUUGCAUGUGGUGUUGGAUUACUGUGAGGGUGGUGACCUGCUGGAUGCGUACGUGCAGCCGCCCAGCACAGCAGACAAGAGCGGUAAUAGCAAUUGCAAUCACGACAACAACAAUCAGAAAGAGGACACAGCCGUAGCCAGAGGAGCACAAGUAAUACAUGCACAGAGCCCAGAAGACGAGAACAAAGAGGACCGCAACGGACUCUUCUUGAACGGCGCGGACGGAUUCAACCGCCUGCACGAGAGCGUGGCACACAAGUACCUGGUAGAUGUGCUGUCUGGACUGCGCUUCCUGCACAGCUACGGUAUCGCACAUCGAGACGUGAGUCUCGAAAACAUUCUGAUGCGCAAUGGGUGCGCUGUGAUUACGGAUUUUGGACUGUGUGUGCAGGACGCGUCAUUGUCAUUGUCGUCGUCGGACAGUUCGACGGCCAGCGAGUUCCGCUGCGAAGAGAUGGUGGGUAAGAAUUACUACAUGGCACCAGAGAUUGUGGCCCAUGAACGCUACGACCCCAGGCGCGCCGACAUUUGGUCGACGGGCAUCGCUUUCUUCAUCCUGUUGACAUCAUCACCACCAUUUGAGCGGGCGGACCCGUCGGAUCCGGGCUUUCGGUACGUAGCGAAAUGCGGUAUCAAGGCAGUGUUCACGGCAUGGGGUCUCGAUCAGGAAGUAUCAGAAGAGAUGCAAGAUUUGUUGGGACGAAUGUUGUGCGUGGACCCAGAGGAGCGUAUUACGAUGGAUGAGACGUGGCAGCAUCCGGUGCUGCAGCGAACCAUAAAGACCGAAAGCCACAUCGAUCGCAUCGCUAUUGCCAAAUACCAUCAACGUCAAAGCAUCGGGCAUAGUUUAUUGCAGUUUGCCAUCGCGACUUUGCGUGUAAACAGCUGCUGGGCAGCAGUUCUGGGGCUUGAGAUGGACAAGGCAAAUGUGCGGGAUGUUGCGGUGUAA